GUAGUUUGCAUGGAUUUGCAUUAUCACCAUGUUGGACUGUGACGUUGCAUUGAAACGCCAUGUGCAGCUCUGGGGUAAAAGAGUGUGGCGCGUGCGGGUCGCCCGAUCCAGAAUUUGCAUGUUCACGAUGCAAGGCCGCCAGAUUUUGUGGCCCAGAGUGCUUUCGCAAAGCAUGGCCAGCUCACAAGGCCAUUUGCGGCGCCCGAGCUGAAAAGGAAAAAGAGAGACCGCACCCGUGGCCUUCGCCGUUUUCAUGCGUUCGAGCGCAGUCAGAAGGUUUGGUCCAGACAGGUCGGACAGGUCGCAUUGCCUUCAUUGACUUUUGGCCUGGCUUCGAGGACAAUACUGACCUUUGGUUUUGCCAGGACUGGUUCAAAAGAAACCUGCCUGGUGUGGAGAUCGUUGACGCAUCAGCCAGCCCCGACGUCAUCAUGUUCAGCAUGUUUGGGAAACGAUACAUUUCACUUCUUCAGUCGGGCUCAUCGGCGAAGCUGGUCUUUUUCACAGGUGAAAACCUUCGACCUCCGGUUGGACGAGUGCCCUUGUGUGUUUCUUUUGAUCAUUUAGAAGGAGUACCUCAAAGUAUUCAUGCGCGAAUUCCUUUGUGGGUCUUCAACAUGGAGGUUCAUGAAGUGUUGACGAUGCAUGCGGCAAGGCUCAGCGGUAAAGUCGAUGAAUCAGUUUGGAAGCGUGACUUUUGCUGCUGGGUGGCAAGCAAUGCAACCAUGUACAGAGCAGAGUUCAGGACACGCUUUGUGAAGACACUCUCGGCAAGGUACAAGCAGGUGGACUGCGGGGGCGAAGUGCUAAACAAUAUUGGCGGAAAGGUUAAGGACAAAAUGACAUUUCUACGUGGGUAUCGAUUCAAUAUUUGCUUUGAGAAUGCGUCGCACCCAGGCUAUUGCACUGAAAAGAUAUUGCAUGCCUUCGCAGCUGGAUGUGUCCCUAUAUACUGGGGCGAUCCAAAUGCUUGCCCAACAAGUGAUCGAGCUUCAAUGUCUGAUUUCAAUCCAAGGGCAUUCAUUAGUGCUCAUGAUUUUGAAAGCCCCGAACUUCUACUGCAACACAUUGCAAGGGUUGACAACGACCCGGAGCUCUUCAAGUCUUACUUGCGGCAGCCAAUACUGGCCAACCAUUGGUACGAACGGCUCAAGGAUUGGUCUUCUUUUUGUCGAGGCUUUCAGGAGCUCCUUUUUGCUGAUAGUGACAAAGGAACGCGAGGGGCGAGCAUGCUUGGCACAAAAGAGAUGGAGCCAAGCUGCACAAAAGAGAUGUGUGUGACAAGCCAGUUGCAAAGGAACCAUGUCUUGUUUGUUUGACCAAGUUAGACUGGAGACACGAAAGUUGGGGCCGUUUUGGCUUUGAGUUGCAUCAAUAGAAAAAC